AUGCUUUCAUAUUCCAUACCUUUUUGUAUCUGUUUGUCUUUUGGCCUUUCGGUCUUGGCAUUCCCCUCGAUACGUCUGAGAGACGUGUAUCAAUUUCCGAACGGUACCUGGCUGGAGAAUAUUGCCGUUCGCUCUAAUGGCAACGUUCUCGUCACGGCAUAUAACUUGGCCCAGCUGUGGGAAAUCAAUCCAUUCAAUGGAACCGAUUCACACCAUGCGCAUCUGAUCCACCAAUUCGAAAAUCCCGGCACAAUCACCGGUAUCACCGAGAUCGACCGAGAUGUCUUUGUGACAAUCGCUUCGAAUUCUCUCUGGAAGGUCGAUCUGAGUAUGACUGAGCCCAUAGUCGACCCAAUCGAUAUCACAAUCCCAGCUGGGACUCUGAACGGGAUAGCAGCUUUGAACGAUUCAUCGCUAGUGAUUUCGGACUCAUCCUUGGGCCUUAUUUGGCGCGUGGACAUCCAACAGGGGACGUAUGACAUUCUGAUAAGGGACAACACAACAGCCACAAGCACAGCCUUAGGACCAACACUUGGAGUCAAUGGUAUCAGAGUCUUGGGCAGUCAUGUCUACUACGUGAACUCGCCCCAGAGAUCGCUCUACCGCGUUGGUUUAGAUGCGUCUGGUAAUACGGUUGGACAGCCCGAAACCAUCGCGCAGGGAGUGUUGGCUGAUGAUUUUGCCGUUACCUCUUCGGGGGCUUAUCUUGCUGGCUUGACGGAUAAUAUUAUAACAAACGUAUCCCAUAAUGGCAAAACGCAUGUCGUGGCAGGGGGUAGAAACUCGACUGCCGUGAUGACUGCUACGUCUGCAGCUGUUGGGAGGACCAAGUACGAUGCGAAUGUGCUCUAUAUCACGACGGGCGGAGAGACACAGGGGCCUGUUAACAACACGAACCAUAAGGGGGGCAAGAUAGUCGCUCUCAGACUUGAUAUCUAG